GUCGCCCCGCCCUUCCAGCCUCCGCCGGCGCUCCCGGCACUUAGCGCGCAGGGGUGGGGCCGAGUGUCCUCCUGGUGUGAACGCGACUCAUCCCGGCUCACUUCUCCGGCUACCACCGGGGGGGACACGGAGGCCCGGAAGUCCGCUUCAGCCCUCAGGUGAACGCCCUGGCUCUCUACCGACUGUCGCUCGCCUGGGCCCGCGGGCGGUGGUCAUGCAUGGCGCUCUCGUGGCUGCUCCUACUCAGGCCAGUGCCCCUCCUCCUGGUCCUGUCGAGCUGGCCACCCAGCGCAGGGUUUUUGCAAGUGGAAAUGGCAAGGGAGACUCAGACGGUGUUCCUGAAUGACAAUGUCACUAUUGUCUGCAAAGUCCCAAGUGACAGCCCCCUGAACAUCACGCUUAUGGGUGUCACCUGGUUUAGGAAGCAUCAUAUGUCAACAACAGAAGUUACAGUGUUUCAGUAUUUUGGAGGCAACCGAAUGAUAACACGACCUGGAGCCUCUGUGUCUCUAUCGAAGCUGGAAAGAGGGGAUGCCUCCCUGAAGCUGCCAGGCAUCCGGCUGGAGGAAGCAGGAGAGUACCGAUGUGAGGUGGUGAUGACCCCUAACAAAGCAGUGAAAACCAUCCAGCUGGAGAUUGUGGCUUACCCAGUCCCGAGCUUGUUUCCAGAGCAAGCCAUCAUGAAAGAAAAUGAAGAACAACUUAUUUCGUGUAUGGCAAGUGGGUUCUACCCCUUGAACAUUACCAUUACGUGGAAAAAGUGGACCCAGAAGGAUCCCCAGUAUGUGGAGGUUUCUGAGGGCGUCUUCACUAAUUAUACCACCGACAAUAAGAAUGUCACUAGUUUCUUGAGGCUGAAGCCCUCUCUGGAAGACAAUAUGACCAUCUACCAGUGUGUGAUAUGGCAUAAAUCCUUGCCUACCUACCAGAGGCUCAACUUCACCUUGACUGUGAUAGGUAAGAAGGCAGAAUCUGAGAAGACAGCUUUUACUCUGAACUACGUUGUACUCCCCUGUUGUGGAAUAACCUUCAUAAUUGUACUACUGAUUGUAUUGUGGAAAUGGGUGCGAUCCCGAAGAUAUCCCUUAUUCUCCGUCUUGAAAGCUUGUUUUCAGAACACUCAAAUUGACACAAGAAGGACUGAAGAACUAUAA